AGGUAGAUGGUUUUAAUGAAGCUAAAGACUUCGUGAAGAACAUGGUGCGUGAUAAUUAUACAAUAUCUGAACCUGGAACACACGUUGGAAUUGUUGAGUACAGCGACGAGCCUUCAAUUAAACUUCGUCUGAACGAAACGUUUGAUGAAAACUCGAUAAACAACAGGAUAGAUGAAAUGAGACCAUCAGAGGGAGAGAGUGCCAAUCUCGAUAAAGCACUAGAAAAAUCUGUCGAUGAAAUGUUUAGUGUUGAAUUGGGAGGUCGUCCAUCAGCUAAAAAGAUUCUUGUUGUUAUUGCUGCGAGUAAUACGACUGCUAAAGAAGCGUUGAAGAAAGCUGCUAAACCAUUGAAAGAACGAGGUGUUCGAAUUUACGUAAUCGCUCUUGAUGAUGCAGACCCAGAAGUUCUGAGUGAACUGGUUCCUGACAAGAAAAAGAUAAAGAAAGUAAAAGAUAAAAAGAAACUACCAAAACUACAUGAAGAAAUUUCUAAGCUUAUUGAAGAAGACUUGAUCAAAAAACGCAAAGAAAAGGAGAUGGUUGAUUUUGUGUUUGCGUUUGGUUCUACUGGUAGAGAUGCGAUAAUAUUAUUCGAAAAAGAAAAAGAUGCAGCAAAGGUUAUGAUCGAUAAUGAGAAAGAGAAAGAUAUCCUCUAUAGUACGAUUGUCUAUGGGCAAGAUGCUACGUUAAAUUCGAAGUUCAAUGAUACAAGCGACAAGGCUAAAGUUAAGAAGUUUAUUGAUACACUGACAUGGAAGGACGAGGGUCAGAAAUUAGAUCAUGCACUGGUCGAAAUAGACAAUGUCUUCCAGAACUAUGGUCGACCUAAAGCUCGUAAAAUAACGGUUGUCUUCGUUACUGGCGAGGCAGAUGCUACAACAAGUGAACUGAAGAGAGCGGCAAAGAAAUUAAAUGAUAAUGAAGUGAAAAUAAUCGUAGUGAAGCUAGGAACAGAUCCGGAUGAUGAACAGUUGAAAGUAAUAACACCAGAGAAAAAUAUCGUGAAGAAGAAAAAGACAGUUAAACCGAAAGAGUUAGCCGGAUUUAUUGAAGAAGUUGUCAAAAAAGAUCCUUGUGCUGCAGUUGACUGUGAACAUGGCGCAAAAUGUUCAGCUCAAGCUGAUGAUUCAACUCUUUGUCAAUGCAAUGAAAAAUGUCCAACUACGAGUGAUCCAGUAUGCGGUUCAAAUGAAGUGUCUUAUGAUAACGAAUGUGAAAUGAAACGUGAUAUGUGUUUGAAGCAAAAGCCAAUUAGUGUAAAGAGGAAAGGAUCUUGUAAACUGGUUGUUGACCUUGUGAUCGCAUUGGAUGGAUCAGAGAAUCUGGCUGAGAAAGGAUUUGAUAAAAUAAAAGAUCUCGUCAAAGCGAUAAUAGAAAAUCAAACCAUCUCGGAAACUGAAACCCAUAUUGGUGUUGUAGAGUUCAGCGAUGAAGCCCAUGUUAUUCUUCCACUUAAUGAGCUAUUUGAACCAACUGCAAUCCACGAUAAAGUCCAACGUAUCAUUCCAUCUGGUGGUAAAAACAGGGUCACUGACGAAGCCUUACGAAAGUCUGCUGAUAAUGUGUUUGACGCAAAGUCAGGAGGUAGACCUGGAGCUUCAAAAGUUCUAAUAAUAGUUACAGAUGGCAAAUCAACAGGCAAAGAACCACCUAAACGUGCUGUAAAACCUGUGAAAGAAAAGGGAGUUCGAGUUUACGUUGUAAAUAUUGGAGAAGAUGCUGACAAGGACGAACUGAAGGAUAUCGUUCCUACUGAAAAGAAUAUCUAUCAUGUAAAAGAUUCUGAUAAAGUUCCAGAUAUUGCUCCGAAACUGGUUGAGGAUAUUGAGAAAGAUAUUAAGAAAAGACUUCCAAAGAAGUUGGUUGAUGUAAUCUUCGUCAUGGGUUCUGCUGAUCCAAAUGGUCGAAAUACUUUGACUAAAGAAAAGAUUAUCGUUAAUGACAUCAUUGAAAAACCAAACGAUGCAUUUGUCACGUACGGCGUUGUUCAACUCAACGAAACUGAUCCAGUGAAAGUACCUCUUGGCGAUUAUAACGAUGAGAAAGAAUUGAAAGAAAAGGUAAAGAAACUACCGUUUAAAGAAGGAAAGUCUCUGGAUGAAGGAAUAAAGAAAGCGGGAAAAGAAUUAGGGAAGAACGGGCGGCCAAAAGCACGAAAGGUGAUUGUUGUAUUUGUCGAUGGAAAUGACGAUGUUACUGAAGAACAAUUAAAGAAGGUAGCUGAGCCAUUGAAGAAGAAGAAAGUCAAGAUCAUACCGGUCGUGUUGGGUGAAAAUGUGGAUGAAGAGAAACUGAAACCUUUGUUAGGGAAAAAGAAGAAACCAAAGAAGGAGAAAGAUCUUAAGAAGCUGGCAGAGGAAGUCGCUGAAGAAGCAUUCAAUGAUCAAUGCUUUGCUGCAGAAUGUAAAGAUUGUGCUGCCAAUCCUGACGAUUCCACGACUUGUGAUCUUGGUGAGAUCAUUGAUCUGGUGUUUGCAAUCGAGGGAACAACGAAAAUGAAGGUAGAUGGUUUUAAUGAAGCUAAAGACUUCGUGAAGAACAUGGUGCGUGAUAAUUAUACAAUAUCUGAACCUGGAACACACGUUGGAAUUGUUGAGUACAGCGACGAGCCUUCAAUUAAACUUCGUCUGAACGAAACGUUUGAUGAAAUCUCGAUAAACAACAAGAUAGAUGAAAUGAGACCAUCAGAGGGAGAGAGUGCCAAUCUCGAUAAAGCACUAGAAAAAUCUGUCGAUGAAAUGUUUAGUGUUGAAUUGGGAGGUCGUCCAUCAGCUAAAAAGAUUCUUGUUGUUAUUGCUGCGAGUAAUACGACUGCUAAAGAAGCGUUGAAGAAAGCUGCUAAACCAUUGAAGGAACGAGGUGUUCGAAUUUACGUAAUCGCUCUUGAUAAUGCAGACCAGAAGUUCUGAGUGAACUUGUUCCUGACAAGAAAAAGAUAAAGAAAGUAAAAGAUAAAAAGAAACUACCAAAACUACAUGAAGAAAUUUCUAAGCUUAUUGAAGAAGACUUGA